AUGGGAGAAUAUGGUGGGGUGGGCGGUCGUGGGGGAUUUAUCAAGAGUGGUGGCGAGGAUGAAGGCGGUGGCGGAGACUUAUGGGAUAUCUUAGCCCGGGAUGGUAGAUGCGGCGAAAAGGGUAGUGAAGGUGAUUUUGACCGAGGAGAAGAAGGAGAUCGUGAUGGUGGUAGCGGUGGUGGUGAAGAAGCUGGAGGCAGCGGUGGUGGAGGUGGUUGUGGCGGUGAUGAGGUCGGGGGUGGAGGAGGAGGAGGUUGUGUUGGAGGUUCUGAUUUAGGUGGAGGUGGUGGUGGAGGAGGCUCAUUUAACAGCGUAGCACGAUCACGACGCGGCUGCAAGGGGGGCAACUUUGCAAAGGCGCUAUCUCUUAAUAUACGUGGACCAGUUGGUAUUGGUUUAGGAGCAGCCGAUUGUUGCGACAGCUGCUGUUGUUGUGGCGGGGGCUGGUUGAUCGCAGGAGUUGCCAAAGGCGAAGCAGCCGGCAACGAGCUCAACAAGGCUCUGGGACCCUUCGGAGGGGCCUUGCCUGACAUUGAGCGCGCCCCAGACGGCCGUUACGGCAAGAAAAAAGGCAAAAGGAUGAGGAGAUGGGGGAUUGAGCAAGGAAGGUCUGGCGCGCGUGGCAACACAGGUCGUCGCCAAACAAUGCCAGACACUCCUCCUCGCUGCCCACCACCAUCUCUCUCCGAUAUACUCAGUAUAGCACGUUACAUGGGAGGCCACUGGAGCGCUGACGGAAGCGAGGGUGAUGCCAAUGUAAACCGCGCUUAA